GAACUCUGUUAUGGCUUGCUAGGCUUCUAUCGCUUGCUACUUCUGCUUACCCCAAGGCACGCUGGCCUGUACAGGUCUUGUACAGCUUUCUCUUCCUCUUCCAUCCUUGUGUACCCGAUGAGCACCUCGGAGGCGAGGCAGCGUCCGCCACAAGACGUAGUUGCAAUUUUCCAUGCCUCCUUCCAUCCUACUCAGGGCAAUAUCUUGGACUGGUCGCUGAAGGCAAGCGAUGACUUCGACUUGGCAAACGUAGAGUUCAGCUGUCUCCCCAGCGGGCUGCAUCUAGUCGAGGAGGACGUCGUUUACUUCACAAAAUCGUCGCACCAAGGCGUCUGCAUCUUCCGGCGAAGACCGACUGCAGAGCAUGGCCAUCGAGGUUUCCGUCUCUCGUCGCUAGGCAUCCUGCUCGCGAGGAGCACCCGCGCGCGGCCGUGGAAGCACGUUCCUGAUCUGAAGCGCAUGCUGAAUACCAUGUAUCAGCGCAUGGAAGACCGAAUUACUACGCUAGGCUCUGCUCUGGGACCGGAGGACAGCGACUGGGAGCCAGCAAGGGCAUUUUUUGAGGAGAGGCAGGUUCGACGGUCGGACCUCGGUGGAGCGGGAGACUGGCGAGGAUGGGAGGCAGAGAUGUCAGGAUUCGGCCUGGACUACUCACCACUCGAUUCUGCAUCACAGACAUCUUCCGAACCGUCAACACGAAUCAACGCAUCAUUGUCCCAAGAUCGGGACAUGCUGAUGAACCCAACGCUGCAACUGCCACAUCUUCUGCGUGCGCUUGGCCCGUCGUCUCUCACACUGUACAAGCAUAUUCUCGGCCGUCGACGUGUACUCAUAUACACCACUCCGCCUGUCGAACCGGCGUGCGUCCUCUGCCAGGUUGCGGCGGACAUGUGCUUUGAGGCACAGACGACCCCGUCGUUCAACCUCGACGAGCCCUCAUCAUUCAACUUCUCAUCCUCGGCGAAGGGGAAGCUCAAGGACAAGGCCCGUGCUGGCAUAAAGGUGCUCGGGGUCGUGACACUGCAUGACCUGGACCGGUUGAAGGAGGAAAGCAUGGACGGCCGCGGCUGGGUUGCGUGCACCACCGACGCGAUAUUCUUGGAGAAGCCCGAGUAUUACGAUUUACUGGUCGACUUGACGAUUACCCCAAGCCGAGGCGGCAGGCCCACGAUGGCAUCGCCCAGGCCUUCCUCGUCGAGACCGCCCCCGUUCAGGGGCGAAAAGUACAGGCUAUCAACAAUACGCUUUACGUGGAGCGACGUCAAACUGUGGACGGAACUCGAUCGACUGAUGCAGUCGAGCUCUGAUGGCUCCGAAACGACACCCGCUUUCACCCCUUCCUCUUCGUCAUACUACCCCACAAGCAAGUCACAAGGCAAGCUCGCAAGCUUCGCAUCUGGCUGGGGAGACGUCUGGCGCGUGUACGAAGACGUCUGUGUGAUAUGUGCGGGACUCUGGAUGGGCACGUGGCGGUCGUCUUCGGUGUGGCGAGAUCGGGAAGGGAGCCGUGCGGAGAACUGGGGCAGCAUGCGGCCCAAUGGCGAUGAUGCGCAGUCCGGGGCUUCUGGUGGCGAUGGUUCCGAUGCAAGGUCGACCAAGUCGAAGAUGUACGUGCGCAACGUCGGAAUGGGCAUCGAAGGUCGGACCACGCCGCCGCCAUCGAUCGCACAGGAGGACGGGAUCCUUCUGCACCGGACACCAAAGGCAAUGCGACGGGCAAGCGGGAGCUCGGUGUGGACAUGGGCCAGUGCGCGCGGCACAGGAGGCGGGAGCAACGCUACGGCGACGUCUGCGAAAACACAGAGGGGCAGCUCAGACGAUGACGCACUUGAGGACGUUGAUCGUCUGUCGCUGCGUGCGCAGCAAGCUGCGACGACGCUCGCGUUGCUGCAGACCUUCCAGGCGAAUACGGACGGCCUGCUCGCGCGUCUUGCGGAGCUGCUGCCUGAGCGGACGGCGCACUCGCACCAGAUGGCGCAUAGCGUGGGCAGCAGCGCGCCCGCGAUUGUGCUCACGCCGAGGGACCUAAUGUCGUUUGACCUCGGUCCGCUGAGCGGCCUCGACGGGCGCUUCGUCGAGUGGCUUGUCGAGGUGUAUGGCGACGGGGCGCGCGUGGUCGUUCGACGUGGCUGGCGGGACGUUGUGGCGCUCCUGCUGGGACUCAGUUGAAUGUGAUGAACUAUCAGCUUCAGGAUGAGAUGGCGAUAAUUUUUUCUUGAUUGAUGUUAUCUCGACUGUGAUACUAUACCCCGAUACUGUAAUCUUAGCAUGACUAGCAUCUACAAUGCAUCACUAUUGCGCCUCUCUGAGC